AUGGUCAACUAUUACCAAGCAUUAAAUUCCCCAUAUUUCAACGUUGGUUCCUUCUUAUUCUUUCAGCAACUUGGAAGAUUUAUAAACCUCGAAAACUACGCAUAUUCUCUCAGAAUUUUAUAUCUUACUGCUCAAGUUACUAUUCUUGUUCUUAACUACUACUUGAUCCAUAAGAUCAAGCAAAAAAAUGGUAGGGAAAUGAAUGGAGUAUAUCAGCAUAUGCUGACAAAAGGUUAGUGGUGACUUAAGACGUCCUUUCAGAAUUGAAGCUCCUUUUGGCAUGGUGAAUGAAAAGAAGCAGCCCAAGACUGAUAAAGGUUCUAUCAAGAAGGCUGAAAAGGCUUUGAAAGCUGAAUAAAAAAAUAAAUAAAAAGACGCGUUUUUUAAAUUUU